UUUUCACACAUUUUUUUCAUUUUUAGUAUGCACUCGGACCACUUUGAAGUUUUUUAUGGAUCUGAUGAAUUAGAAGAAAUGAUUGACGACAUCGAAAGAUUUAGUUACAAAUUUCAAUUAAUAGACAAACAAAAGGUGAAGGAGAAAUUGCAACAGUACUUACCUGAGAAAAAGUGGGAGAAGAAAUCUUCUAAGAUCGAAGAACACGACAUUACGAUUAAACUGAAACACAAACCUUUGCCGCAUUAUAUCUCUGGAGCGGGACCAUUCCAUUAUUACUAUAAAUGCUGUUAAGUACCGAAUCUCAACAAUUGUGGGUACUUUGAGAUUGUCUCUUGCACUCAUCCCUGCUGUCAAUCAUUUUUUUCCUUCAAACAUUACAGAUAAAAGGCAAGUAUUAGGAAUGAAAAAUAGACGGCAACAGCAAAAAUUCAUUUAUAAUUAAAGAAAUUUGAUCAUUCCGAAGCAGGAAAAAUAAAAAAACAAGAAAAUUAAUUUGAGAAUCAAAUAGGUGUAGGGGGGGGGGGAAUAUUAAUAAAGUACCCAAUAGUGUAUUUAUAUUUUUGUUUG